ACACGGAGCAGCAAGAUGAAGAAGAAAGCUCGGCAGCACCGAGUUCCGGUGCCGCAGAGGCCGCCGUCUCCCAUCAAGCCUUCCCCCAACAAGCAGAUCUUGACUUACGCCCAGGCACAACGCAUGGUGGAGUUCGAGAUCGAUGGCCGCAUCCAUCGGCUCAGCAUAUAUGACAAGCUGGACGUGAUUUCGGAUGACGACCCCAUGGUGCAGGAGAUGAUGGAGUGCACCAGCAAUAAAGAGAAUGCUGAGAAACCACAGCAGCAGGUCCUCCUGAGGUCAGUGAGACUAAAAAACAACCAAGAGAAGAGAAACGCUGCGCUGGGCAUCACUGGUCAUGGAGAAGGAGCAAGCCAGCAUUCUGGUGUUAAUGCUGGGCCAAAGCUUCCAGAGCCCAAGUUCCGUACAGUAGAAUAUAACCUUCCAGCAGUUCCUAAGCGCCCAGCCACCUUUUAUAAAUUCAUAGAGAAAACUGAGGAAGAGCUGGACGAGGAAACAGAGUAUGACAUGGAUGAGGAAGAUUACGCUUGGCUAGAUUUGGUCAAUGAAAAACGGCGGAGCGAAGGGGUCAGUCAGGUCUCUCACAAUGUUUUUGAGUUCCUUGUUGACCGCUUUGAGAAGGAACUGUAUCUGGAGAGCCUAGAUCAAGGCAGUGAAAAGCAAGCUCCCAUUGAUGAGGAUGCUGUUUGCUGCAUUUGCAUGGAUGGUGAGUGUCACAACAGCAACGCUAUUUUAUUUUGUGAUAUGUGCAAUGUGGCUGUGCAUCAGGAAUGUUACGGUGUGCCUUACAUUCCUGAGGGCCAGUGGUUGUGCAGACACUGCCUCCAGUCACCCACUCAACCCGCAGACUGCAUCCUUUGUCCCAACAAGGGUGGAGCUGUGAAAAAGACAGAGGAUGACCGCUGGGGCCACGUGGUGUGCGCACUCUGGGUCCCUGAGGUUGGCUUCUCCAACACCACCUUCAUUGAACCCAUUGAUGGUGUCAGCCACAUUCCUCCAGCCCGCUGGAAGCUCACAUGCUACCUCUGCAAGGAGAAAGGUGUUGGGGCAUGCAUACAGUGCCACAAAGCUAACUGUUACAGCGCCUUCCAUGUCAGCUGUGCCCAAAAGGCUGGCCUCUUUAUGAAGAUGGAACCAAUCAAAGAGGUAAUGGAAACAGGAGAGCCCACCGUCUCUGUGAAAAAGACAGCCUACUGUGGAGCCCACACACCUAAUGGGUGUGUAAGGAGGCCUCUUACAAUAUAUGAUAAUGUCAAACCCAAAAAUGGACUAUGUAAGAAAGUGGACAAAGGCAGAUCUGCUGGUAAAGGACAGUCAAAAGGAAAGCAGAAGAAGAAGAGUAAGAGUAAGAAACCUGAGCCUGAAGUUGAAGAGGAAGCUGCAACCCCUGCUACUGUGCCUACUUUUCCUGCUCACAGGUUACAAACCAUUCUAAACCAGGUGUCAGUCCAGAAGAAGAAAGCAUUCGUGGAGCUGGUCCUAAAUUACUGGACACUAAAGAGGCAAUCCAGGAAUGGACUUCCCCUCAUCAGACGCCUUCAGACAAGCCUGCAUUCUCAGAAGAAUGCGCAACCGGUUUGUUCAUCUAGGCAGAAUGAGGAGGAGAGCAGGGCAUUAAAGGACCAGCUGAAGGAAUGGCACCGUCUUCGACACGACCUGGAGAGAGCCCGGCUGCUGCUGGAGUUAAUCCGCAAGAGGGAGAAGCUCAAGAGGGAAGAGAUUAAACUGCAGGAGACCCUGCUAGAGAUGCAGCUGACUCCCUUCAGUAUUUUACUCAGAGCUCUUUUGGACCAGCUUCAGACAAAAGACCAGGCCAGGAUCUUUGCCCAGCCGGUUGAUGUCAGUGAGGUGCCUGACUACCUCGACCACAUCAAGCAUCCAAUGGACUUCUCCACCAUGCGGCAGCGCAUCGAUGCCCAGGCCUACAACAACUUUGAGCAGUUUGAGAGUGACUUCAACCUCAUUAUUGAAAAUUGCAUGAAGUAUAAUUCAAAGGACACAUAUUUCUACCGGGCAGCUGUUCGCCUCCGAGAUCAGGGUGGGGCCCUGCUUAGAAAGGCCCGGCGUGAUGUGGAGAAAAUCGGCUUUGACACGGAAAGCGGCAUGCAUCUGAAUGAUGCUCCGGAAAUCAAAGCACCACCGUCCUUUUCUUGGGAGGACGUGGACCGCCUACUUGUACCAGCCAAUCGGGGGCAUCUGUCUCUGGACAAGCAGCUGCAGCAGCUAUUGGAGAAGUUCGACCUGACCUGUGCCAUGAAGUCCAGCCCCUCCCGCAGCAAGCGGCUCAAGCUACUCAAAAAGACCAUCAAUGAUGUUCGCAAUGAAAUGAGCCUAAAAAGAGUCCUACCCUCCCACCACCACUGCUCUUCCUCCAUUACUCCCUCCACAUCAGCACCAUCCUCAUCAGCUCCCUCCCACCCGGAGAUGGGUAAACCUAAAGAAGACAGACCGAAGCCUAAUGGACAUCUUCCAGAUGACGAGGGAGACAAGUCUCUUCCUCCUAAACUGGAGCCCUCGGACUCAAUACCACCCCUCAUCCACUCAGACACAGAUCCUGAGCCCCCCACCCUCAAACCAAUCGAUGCCGCCCCAGACUGUGAUGACAAGACUCACAGCAAGCGAGUCAAGUUUGAUCGGGAUAUCCCAGACCUGCUCUCCUCUACUCCACGCCUCAACGGCCACUCCCGUGACGGCCUCCAGAACUCUUUGCUGGACGGAGACGUGAGCGUGGUGGCCACAUCCACCCUCGCCGAGCCCACGGGAACAGUCAACCGCCGGACAGCCGUGCUCUUCCGCAAAUCGAAGGCCGCCAGUCCACACAAGCCCCCGAGGAGCGGAGACGAGGGGGCCGACAGCGCUGACAGAAAAGAAGGCGAGGAGGAGGAGGAGGAGGAGGAGGAAGAAGAUGAAGAUGAAGAUGAAGAUGAUGCACAGCUGGGUUCCAAAUCCUUCCUCUCAGUGGUUAUACCCAGGCUGGAGACGCUACUUCACAGCAAGAAGAGGAAGCACAGCGGCAGCAGAGACAGCGAAGAGGAGGGGGGAGGAGAGGGAGAGCAUGAAGAGGAGGGAGAGUCUCCUGUGAAACGACUUGACACUGGCCUGUCAAGUGGGUUUCUGGAGGUGGAGGAGGAGAAGGAGCUAGAAGAACCCAGUAGAACCAGUAGACCCGUGGAGCCACGAAGACGCUGUGCCUCUGAGUCCUCCAUCUCCUCAUGUAGCAGCCUGCCAGGAAGCACCAGCACCAUUCUCAGUCUUCCAAAAUGUGGGAAGGGGAAACCCGCCCUGGUCCGGAGAAACACUGUGGACGAUAAGAGCGAAUUAAUCGCCUGCAUCGAAACCGGGAAUUUUGCAAAAGCAGCACGAAUCGCUGCCGAGGUUGGCAACAGCAAUAUCUGGAUGCCCGCUAGUGCCGCAACAGUUGCAUUGGAACCCCUAAAGCUAGUUUGGGCCAAAUGUAGUGGAUACCCUUCCUACCCAGCCUUGAUCAUCGACCCCCACAUGCCACGUGUGGGCUGCCAGCACAACGGGGUGUCCAUCCCCAUGCCCCCCAUGGACGUGCUCCGCAUCGGAGAACAGAUGCAGUACAAAGCCGAAGAGAAACUCUACCUCGUCCUCUUCUUCGACAACAAGCGCAGCUGGCAAUGGCUUCCUAGAUCCAAGAUGGUUCCUCUGGGGAUGGACAAGACCAUAGACAAGAUUAAAAUGAUGGAGGGACGCACAUCCAGCAUUCGCAAAGCUGUCCAGAUCGCCUUCAGCCGCGCCAUGAACCACCUGAGCAUAGUGCAGGACGAGCCAGUCAGCGACCUCAGUGACGUGGACUGAUGACACUCGCUGGCUCUCUCCCCUCUCUCAUACACACACACAC